AUGUACCAAUCAAUCCUUUAUAUUCUAAGCAUCCAGUUGAUUUUGACGCUUUUUCCUUGUUUCACCACUGCCAACGUCGAAAAGACAAUUUUUGUUGCCCCUCCUCCAAGUCCCAUUCCAGCAGAAAACCCGGGACUCGAUGAUCUCGGCCUCGACCGUCUGUCACCGUCCGAUUUUGUGGUGAGGACAUAUUUGAAUGCAUCCUUUCCAACGGAGGAUGCGCCUCAAGGGUCUGAGUCAUGGUUCUACCUUGAAGACUUAAACCCAGGCCAGCGGUAUGAGGUGCGGAUAUGUUGGCUAGCCACGCAACCUACCGCCUUCACCCUCACCACACACUCUCUUCAUGAAACCGUCUCCGAUCCUGCUCUUUUGUCUGCACUGGGCGCCUUCUCGUCUGCGCGUCUCUCUUCAACAGCGUCAACACCGCUCUCAGUCCCACCUGAGGCCCAUGACCAACAAGACCAUAUUGUCCCAGUACCAAAUCAGCCUAAGGCUUAUCACCAUCAUCACCUUCGCCGUGGUCGCAGCCGUACUGCUGUGGACAAGACGCAGAACCCUCUUGCACGGUCCUCUCAGACCGAAUCUGUCCUUUUCCUCCGCGUCUUCGCGGCAGCAGAUUACUUCACGCUGAACACGUCCAUGAUGGAGACCGUCCCUCCCGUCAUGGUGGACAUCAUCCUCGACCCGUUUCUACUGAACAUGUUCCCAAGGUCAUUGGUGCCUACUGCUGUAUGGAUAGUCGUUGUAACGGCUCUGGCCUGGUACGUCGGUGGGUGGGUCGUGAAGACCUUGUCUGAGAUUAUCUCCAGCGCAGCAGCAGCGGAUGAUGAAAACAAGGCGAAGGAGAACAAGAGACAGGAAGAGAAUAAGAAAAAGCAGUAG